AUGGCCGUCUCCGAUGCUGAAAAUGCUCGCCCCGACGACGUUGCCAUCGUUGGCCUUGCUUUCCGUGGCCCCGGUGAUGCUUCGAGCCCCGAGAGGCUCUGGGACCUGCUAGUCCACGGCCGCUCCGCCUUCUCCGCCGUGCCGGGGACCAAGUGGUCCCACGAGGGCCAUUACCACCCCUCCCCAGCAAGAGGGGGGAGCACCUCUGUCAACGGUGGCCAUUUCCUCGACACUACCCAAGAUGGAUCCAGGUUUGAUGCAGCUUUCUUCGACAUGUCCAGGGCCGAGGUGCUCUCCAUGGAUCUGCAGCAACGCAUCGUCUUGGAAAGCGUUUACGAGGCCAUUGAGAACGCCGGUUUCACUCAGGAAAAGGUGCGAGGCUCGAAAACGAGUGUCUUCGCCGCCGCUACCAAUGACGAUACUCGCGCCCUUCUUGCCAUGGAUCCCGACCUUGCUUUGGAAUACAAGCACACGGGGACUUCGCAAUCCAUCAUCGCCAACAGAGUCAGCUGGUUCUACGAUCUCAGAGGGUGCAGUAUGACCCUUGACACGGCAUGCAGCAGCAGCCUGGUGGCCUUGCACACGGCUUGUGCCGAUUUGCGCCAGGGCCAAUCUACAAUGUCAAUCGUUUGUGGCGUCAAUGUCGUUGAAAACCCAGAGUCGAUGUACAGCAUGGAUCAUGGUGGCCUUCUCUCGCCCGACGGAAUGUGCUUUCCAUUCGAUUAUCGUGCAAACGGAUUCUCUCGUGGUGAAGGUGUCGGUGCAGUCGUUCUGAAGCCUCUCCAAGCAGCCGUCCGCGACGGCGAUACUAUUCGCGCUGUCAUUCGUGGGACAGGUGUAAACCAGGUCGGCCGUGGCGAAGGACGACUGACCUUGCCCAGUCAGAAAGCUCAAGAAGAAUUGAUUCGACAGGUGUACGAGUCUGCCAAAUUGGAUCUCAACACAACCGCUUUUGUAGAGGCCCAUGGUGUUGGCACCCCUACUGCUGAUGUGAAAGAAGCGGGGGCCAUCUCUAGCGUUUGGAAAGACCGACCGGAACCGCUCUAUGUUGGAGCCGCAAAAGCGAACCACGGCCAUCUCGAAGGUGCUUCGGGCAUUGCCUCAAUCAUCAAGGUUGUUUUAGCUUUGGAGAGCGGCAUUAUUCCCCAGAACGUCAACUUCGAAAAAGCGCACCCUCACAUCGACACUGAGACGUGGAACAUUAAAUUUCCUCUGGCAGCAACACCCUGGCCUUUGCAAGGCGUCAGGAGGGCUUCCGUGAAUUCCUUUGGGUUCGGCGGUACUAACGCACAUGUGGUGCUUGACGAUGCGUACAACUAUCUUCGAGAACGUCAGCUACGUGGAAUCCACCGGACAGAAAUCUCCGAGAGCCGCAGAACGUCGACGAGUGGAGGCUUGGAAGACCGCCCCAAAUACAGGAUCUUUUCCUGGUCGGCCAAAGAUCAAGACGGCAUCAGAAGAUGUCUUUCGGCCUACUCGCAGCAUCUGUCGUCUCUGUCGACUGACAGACCGCAUGCAUACCUUGGCGACUUGGCUCACACCCUCGCUGAAAGACGUUCUCGCUUCCCAUGGGGCUUCGCUGCUGCCGCCGAGUCUGUCGAGGAAUUGAAUGAGGCCAUUUCGAACCCAUCUGGAGUACUCCGUCCAAAGGAAACCCCCCGUGUCGGCUUCCUGUUCACGGGGCAAGGGGCACAGUGGUACGCAAUGGGAAGGGAACUUCUCUCCUAUCCUGUGUUCAAGGAGUCGGUCGAGCUGGCAAGUGACUUCAUCGCCUCGUUGCGCUGCCCGUGGAGCGUGUUCGAUGAAUUGUUGAAGAGUGAGGAGGAGAGCAGGAUGCACGAACCCUACAUCGCGCAGACAUUGUGCACUGUGAUCCAAAUUGCUCUUGUAGACCUCUUGUCGUCAUGGGGAAUCACACCUGCCUACGUUCUCGGCCAUUCUACAGGAGAACCCGCGGCUGCCUACUGUGCAGGUGCUUUGGACCAACCCAGUGCGUGGAGGAUUUCGUACUACCGUGGCAUGAUUGCUUCGAGACCGGCCUCUACAAAGGGAAGCAUGCUUGCAGCACUAUGGGCCUCUGCGAGCGAUGCGAAUAGCAGCAGAUACCGUUCCCUGAUCGGUGACCUUUCGGCGGGAAACCCGGUCGAGGGCAAGGAUGUUGAGAUUUUUUCCUCCAUCACCGGCCAGAAAAUUGGCGUUGCGGAAAUGAGCCAACCGGACUACUGGAUCGAAGCCUUGCAGGCGACGUCAAAGUUCGACGACGCUUUGCAGUGUCUGUGUUCAACUUUGGUUAACGAUGGUUCGGCAUCAUCGAAGCUCGUAGAGAUUGGACCUACCUCGACGUUCGCAAAUUCUCUCGAGGAUGCUGUGGCCGAUGAGCCCGCUUUCGACAAGAUCGGAUACCAGACAGUGUUGCUGAAGAACAAAAGUGCCGCAGCUACUCUGCUAUCUACAGUUGCCGCGCUCUUUGCAGACGGCCACCCUGUAGAUCUUGAGAGGAUCAAUCAUGGCGACGAAGACCCCGAGCUCUUGGUGAAUCUCCCUCCUUACGCCUUUGAUCACAGCCAAGAGCUGUGGUGCGAGAGCCGAAGGAGUCAAGGUUGGCGCUUCCGGAAAUGGCCCCGCCACGACAUUCUAGGAGCACCGGUGCCUGACUGGAAUCUUAACGAACCCCAGUGGAGGAACUGCAUCCGCCUUUCAGAGCUCCCUUGGCUCAAAGACUAUAAGAUCACUGGCCAUGUGGUCUUUCCGGGAGUUGCAUUCUUGGCCAUGGCCAUCGAAGGCGUUACACAACUAAGCUCAGGGAAAGGGGAGAUCACCGGCUUUGACUUGCGGAACGUCGUCAUCUCCCACGCUCUUCUGCUUGAAGAGGAUCGAGAAACGGAAGUGAUGCUCUCCAUGCGGAAAUCUUCCUCGGGAGUCGAUGCUGCUUGGGAUUUCUCCGUCUUCGGCUACAAGCACAACACUUGGCUUGAGUGUUGUCGAGGCUCGGUUGCGGUUGAACUGGCAUUCACAACCGGCCCUGUCGAUGCAGGACGUGAAAUGACCGAGCACAAGAAGCACUUCAGAGAAAUCCUGGACCAGUGUGAAGUCGCGUGUCAAAGCAAGAGAGAUAUCCGCCGCCAGUAUGCCGAGCUCGAGCGAGUUGGGCUUGAGUUUGGACCUCUGUUCCAGAACCUCACAGAGGUCAAGUGCGGAGAUUCCGACGGUCCCACCGGCCAGGCUAUCGCCAGUCUCCGCAUCCCGGAUGUUGCCAGUUGCAUGCCAUGCAGCUACCUUCAACCUCAUUUCAUUCAGCCCGCGACCCUGGACAGUUUGACCCAUAUGAUUCCGUUCGCUUUGCAGGGCGCAGCUGGCGCAGUUACCAUGAGAGAACCGUCUGUUCCGAUAUCCCUUAAAAGCGUCUGGAUUUCUGCCCAUACCGAAACCGAGCCCGGCCAUGUCUUCACCUGCCAGUCUUCAGCAAGGGCCGCUUCGCACAACAAGUUCAGUGCGGAGAUAACGAUGUGGGAUGAGAAGAGCCGGGAUGCCAGGGUAAUCAUCAGAGGCCUCGAAGUAGGCCCUCUGCAAGAAUUUGCGCUGAGAGAAGCCGGGCAACGGCAACUCUGCUUUAACGUGAACUGGAAGCCAGACAUCGACUUGUUGGGAGAAGAGGUGCAGAACUGCUUCAGAGAAUCCUUGAAGGCUUUGGAGGAAAACGACCCUACAAAUUUGAAGCGGAUUCAGGACCUCCAGCUGGCUGCUGCUAUCUACAUUCUGGAAGCGGUCGAGCAUUUCGACGACGAGAACAACCAGCCGAAGGAGCUGGCUCCUCACAAACAAAAAUACUUGGACUGGCUCCGCAUGCAGGCGCGCAACUAUGAGAAAGAGCGUAUUGGCCACCAGCUGGAGGAGUGGGAUGAAAUCCGGAAGGACACGACGAGGAGAGAUGCCUUUCUCAAAAAUAUCGAGGAAUCUGGACCUGAAGGCAAACUGACUGUGCGAAUGGGCAGCCAUAUCAUCCCGACGCUAAAUGCCGAGCAAGACGCGCUUCAUCUUGUGUUCAUGGACUCUCUUCUGGAGGAGUACUACAGCCGCAUGGUCGGGACAGACAAGGUCCAUGCGUUGCUCAGCGGUUAUUUGGACUUGUACAGUCAUAAGAACCGGGACUUGCGGGUCUGUGAAGUAGGAGCAGGCACAGGUGGAGCGACUGCAUCCAUCCUCGAGACGCUUUGUCCAAACGGGUUGCGAGGCAAGCGGUCGCCCCGUCUCCGCAAGUAUACCUUCACCGACAUCUCAUCCGGGUCCUUUGAGAAAGCCCAGGUGAAGUUCACCAAAUGGCGAGAGGUGCUGGAUUUCAAGGCCUUGGACAUUGAAAAAGACCUCACUGGUCAGGGCUUCGAGGAAGUUGAAGGAACGUAUGACGUCGUCGUUGCCGCCAAUGUUCUCCACGCGACGGCGGACUUGUCGCUGGCCAUGGAGAACAUCUACCGCCUUUUGAAGCCGGGAGGCAAGCUCAUCAUCCAAGAGUUCACCCAGCCAGAGUUUCUUCCGGGACCCCUCUCCUUCGGCCUUCUCCCCAACUGGUGGCGGAGUACGGAGCCGAGCCGUCAAUGGGGGCCGCUGCUGACCGAGAAAGGAUGGGUCGCAGCCCUGCGAGAACAAGGGUUCGAGAAAUCCGUUCUUCGUCUGCCAGAUACCCUGAACCCCGACCUUCAUGUCCAGAGCAUCAUCGUGGCCACGACCCAGGAGGAGGAGAAGCCGCAGGCAGACAUCGAGAUCAAGAGGACGUUCGUUGUGACGUCUAGCAGACCCGUGCUUCGAGAGCAGCUGGUUGCGGACAACCUGGCUGCGCAACUCAUGACCAUGUACGCCGGUAAACUGGACCUCAAGGUUCGAUCUUUGACGUCGCUCGAAGAGUACAGCCUCAAGGACUCCUGCUGUGUCGUGACUGCCGAGCUGGGCAAUGCUCUUCUUGCAGGAGACAUCGAGUCCGAGGAGUGGACGGCCGUGCAGAAGCUCUUGACAUCAGCAAACGGAGUGAUUUGGGCCACCAUGGAUCCGUCCGAGAACCCAAAGGUCGGCUUGUCCACCGGUCUGUUGCGUACACUCCGCUGGGAGAGGGAGCGGGAUGGAUGCGACCUCACCACUGUUGCAUUUGAAGACUCGGAGAAGAACGAGAGCGAGAUGGCUCGCCACAUCAGGAGAAUCUACAGGCGGCACUUCGUCGAGGGCCGUGACAAGAAUGGCGAGUACUUGGUCCGCGGGAAUCUGGUGCGCACCAAUCGCUUGGUUGAGGCGUCGUAUGCGAACGACUUCAUCAGCGCCAGCUGCGCGAAGCCUGUUCCCCAGCCCCAGGCCUUCGGUGCGGACAAGUCCAGAGCCCUCAAGCUCAGCAUUGCCACGCCGGGCCACUUCGACUCUCUGCGCUUUGUCGAUGAUCCGGAGCCUGCAAACCCUCUCCCUGAGAACUACAUCGAGGUCGAGAUCAAGGCUGCUGGUCUCAACUACAGGGAUGUCCUUGCAGCCAAGGACGAAAUACCGGCGGACGUGUUGGGCACCGAAGGUGCGGGAUUCGUAACGCGCGUCGGCUCUCACGUAACCGACCUUGAGCUCGGUGAUCGAGUAAUCGUCCUCUCAGCCGAAUGCGGCACCUUCCAGACAUACGCGAGGACGCCGAGAGAUGCCGCCAUCAAGAUCCCCGAGAGCAUGGACUUCGACGUCGCAGCCGCGCUGCCUGUCGCCUUCUCGCUGGCAUACUAUUCCCUUGUGGAAGUGGGACGCUUGAAAAAGGGAGAAACGUGCCUCAUCCACGCUGCAGCUGGCGGUGUUGGCCAAGCCGCAAUUCAGAUCGCAAAGUCCCAAGGAGCCGAGAUAUUCGCGACCGUUUCUUCGGAAGAAAAGCGAGACUUGCUUGUCAACGUCUACGGUAUCCCUAAGGAUCAGAUCCUUUCUUCCCGGGACCUGUCCUUCGCAAAGGGCAUUAAGCGGCUGACUCAAGACCGUGGGGUCGACGUUGUCCUCAACUGCCUCUCAGGAGAAGCGCUUCGGAGGUCCUGGGAUUGCAUUGCACCAUUCGGCCGCUUCGUUGAGAUCGGCAACCGCGACGUCUUUGCCAAUGCCAACCUGAACAUGGAGCCGUUCCGCCGAUCAGCCACCUUCACGGCAGUCGAUCUGCACACACUUCUCAAGCUGGAUCUCAAAGCGACCGCUCGUGUGCUGAACCAUGUCAUUGAGCUCUGGCACCAAGGAGAGAUCAAAGCCGCAACGCCAACUACUGUGUACAACUACUCGCAGAUUGAAGAGGCCUUCAGUCUUCUUCAGCAAGGAGGCCACGUUGGAAAGGUCGUUCUUACAGCAAAUGAGGACGAUGUGGUCAACGUGGUCCCCAAACCGCGGGCGUCAGCCAAGCUCAGGGAGGACGCUUCGUACGUCCUGAGUGGCGGCUUCGGCGGUUUGUGCAGAAGCGUUGCCAAGUCUAUGGCACUUCAAGGUGCACAGAACCUCAUUUUCUUGUCGAGGUCCGGGGCCUCGAACGAUGCUGCACAGGAGCUGAUCGAGGAUCUCAAGCGAAUGGGAGUCAGAUGUGAAGUUUUCGAGUGUGACGUGAGUGACGACGGCGUACUGCUGGCUGCGUUACGGUCCUGCGAAGAGGAUGGAAUGCCCAAGAUUGCUGGCGUCAUUCAGGGAGCCACCCAGCUCAAGGACUCCGCGUUCGAAUCGAUGUCUCUCAAAGACUACCAGGCUGCGCUGGCGCCAAAGGUCCGCGGAUCAUGGAAUUUGCACGAAUACCUCCCGAAGGAUCUUGACUUCUUCAUCAUGCUUUCCAGCAGCAACGCCGUCGUGGGCGCCAAGCAUCAGGCCAACCAUGCCUCUGCCAACGCCUACCAGGAUGCGCUAGCUCAUUACCGCCGUGCUCGUGGCCUCCCAGCCACAACACUUGACCUAGGCAACGUGUUCUCUGUCGGAUCGACCGCCACCAAUCGUGAAACUCUGAAUCCCAGCCCGUUGUUCUUCUUCGACGACGACGACAGCGGCAUUCAGGAGCAGCAGUUCCUCGCCCUCAUCGAGUACCACGUCGACAAGCAGCGCGCCACCGCGCCGACCGUGCAGCCGCAGAUAGCCGUGGGCUUGCCUUGCGCGGCCGACUUCCGGAGCCGAGGCGUGCCGGAGCCGGCUUUCUUGAAGACGCCGCUGUUCAUGCAGUUGCGCUCGGGAGCCGCGAUAGGCAUCGCCACGGCCAGUGCGGACAAUGGCAGCGAUCGGUUGUCGGUGAGGACGAACUCGACACGAGCGACGAUGAGGAGACGGAGGACCACGGUAUCGAGGAGAAACGCACCUGUUGAGGGCGAUGACGAUGACAAGAUGUCGAUCCGAAGCGCGUCUACUUGGAAGAGUUCGUCAACAUGGAGGAGCUCAUGGGGAAGGCGAAGGCCCGGAUCGAAGAGGACUGUGUCAGGGGGGCUGAUAACGAGGGAGUGA